AGACUCAGUGCAGGGGUCAUGCAAAGCCCCCAGCUUGCAGGGGGGUAGUUCAUUCCCCGUCCAUGCAGGGAAAACUGAGGCACGAGGGAGCAGCAACUCCCCCAAGGUCACCCACCAGAGCGGCGAUGGGGACCCAGGCCCGGCUCCCCUUCUAGGGUGCAUGCACCCACCCCGCCUCCCGUCCCAAAGCCGGGGCCGAUCCUUCGAAGGCUUCGCUUCCCCCGCCCCGGCUGCAGGAAAGUCUCUGGCUCAGGGAAAUUUCUGCUGAUGCCAGGGAGAGGGAGGGGUGCAGCCGGGCUCCUGGGGGGCUCUCCCUGCAACGAGAGCUGCGGGCGCACCGGGCUGGGCAUGCCUGCACUCGCUUGCAGCCGUGCAGGGGGGCCCUCCCUGUCCAUGCCCUAUGCUAGCGCUGCCCAGGCUGGGGACUUAGUCCAGUGCCAAGUGCCACCUGCUCCGAGCCUGCUCAAGGCAUCCCCAGCCCUUCAGGGAAGCAGAGGGUUGCCCGGCACUUGGGGCUUUCGGCCGCUGCUACAAGCUCACCGACAUGGCCACCAACAAGGUCUACGCCGUCAAGAUCGUGUCGCAGGCCUGCGUCUCCCGGCUGGGCAGCAGGAGCAAGGUAACUUCUUCCUCACCAAGACCAUGCAGGUGAAGAUCGGGGACCUGGGCCUGGCCACGCGGGAGGCCCCGGCAGGCCGGCGGCGGGGGGUGGUCUGCGGGACCCCCAAUUACCUGGCGCCCGAGGUGAUCGAGAAGCGGGGCCACUCCGUGAAGUCCGACAUCUGGGCCUUGGGCUGCAUCAUGUACACGGCACUGACGGGCUGCUCGCCCUUCGAGAUCGCCCGCAAGCAGGAGAUGUACCAGUGCAUCCGGGAGGGCCGGUACCCUGCGCCCAGCCAGCUCUCGCCCAGCGCCCGGAGCCUCAUCACGCGCCUGCUGGCCCCUGACCCCGCCGCGCGGCCCAGCCUGGACGAGGUGCUGCGGCACGACUUCUUCACCCAGGGCUUCACGCCGGACAAGCUGCCAUCCCGUGCCUGCCACUCGGUGCCACUCUUGGCCGGGCCCAACCCGCUCAGCAAGCUCCUGCAGAAGGCAGCCAAGGUGCUGUUUCGGGGGGCACCGUGCCAGGAGCCCCGGGCAGGUAGCCCAGGACUCAGUGAGGAGCUGGCAAGCCCUGCCAUGCCAGCCCAGCCUCCGCCCAGCCCGGUGGCGGGGGCAUGGGGGGCUGCGGAUCUUGGCUCUGCUCCCCUCGGCCCAUCCCCUGGCCAGACAGAGCGGGGAAACAUCCAGGCUGAGCCCCUGAGCGAGGAGCCCGGCAGGGUCCCCAUCCGCCUGCUCGCGAAGGGAGCACUCAACUUCAGCGCCGACUCGGAUGCAGGCUGGAGCCUGGAGAGCCCAGUGGAGUCGGUCACCAGGGUGCUGCGGAGCUGCCUGGAGAACACACCUCUGGCAGCCCAGCGCAACCCCCCGCCAUGCCAGGCUCGGGUCCUGCCCUGGGUCACCAAGUGGGUCGACUACUCCAACAAGUACGGCUUCGGCUACCUGCUCUCCAACAGCUCCACCGGCGUCCUGCUCGCCGACGGCACCCACCUCACCCUCGGCCCCCGGCAGCAGUGUGUCCAUUACUGCCCCAGGCUCGGGGAGGCCGUCUCCUUCGCCCGUGGGGAGGUGCCUGGCUCGCUGGCCGUGAAGAUGGGCGUCCUGCACUUCUUCUCGCAGUACAUGCAGCAGAAGCUGCUGGAGGGCGGGGCCCUGCCGGCAGGGCCUGCGGACAUAGUGGACAACCUGUACCUGCUGCACUUCGCCAAGUCCGACCAAGCGCUGCUCAUGCUCUUCAGCAACCAGACACUGCAGGUCAACUUCUACCGCGACCACACCAAGCUGGUGCUGCACUGCGCGGGCCCCGAGCCCGUCCUGACCUUCGUGGACGGGGAGCGCCGCAGCGCCGCCUUCCCGCUGGGGGCCCUGGCCGCGGCGGGCUGCACGCCGGCACUGCGGGACCGCGUGGAGUAUGCCCUUGCCCUGCUCCAGCGCCUCUAGGCCCCUCCACAGCUCCAGAGCCUGCAUUGCCCUAGGACCCCCCGCACCCCUGCUGCUGAUGGGGUUCAAGGUCCCUUAAGCCUGCCCCAGACUCCAGCAGCAGCUGCCAGGGGAGUAGGAGUCGUGGGGGCAGGGGAGACGGGUGCCCGGGGCUGGGGGCACCUCCUGAUGGGAACUGGUUUCCAAUGAAGUGGUGCCAUGGAGGGGGGAAGGGGGCCUGUGCUGGGAGGCAUGGGGGUCUACCAGGGCAGGAGCUGGCCUGUAGCAUGUGCCCAGAGCGUGCCGGGAGGCACUGAAAGCAAAGGGGAUGUGAUGGAGGGUGCAGGGGGAGGCAGCAGCUUUCUGGUGGCUUAAUGCCACGGUGAGGGCAAAGGAACGCAGGUGUCCGAGUGCGGGGAGAGGAGCAGGACAGCGAGGAGGGUCCUGGAGAGGGGAUCUGGAGCAGUCAGCAGGGCAGGGCCAAGGGCAUCCCGUGAUGGUGCUGGGAGGAGGUGGCAGGGGCUGUUCAGGUGGAAAGAAGGUAAGAAACGGGGCAAGUGGCAAGGGCCACGGGGCAGUAUGGGCCUGGAGGAGAGGCCGGAUGUGGGGCAGGAGCAAGGGGCAGCAGUAGUGGUAGGGUCUGGUCCCCAGACGGGUGGGAGGGCCCUCGUUCCACCCCAAACCCCCUGCUCCCUGGGGCAGCUGCUGCGUGGCUCUCCCUGCUUACCCGUUCCUGGCGCAUCUCUGGGCAUCUGCAUCCGGAGCUGGCAGGACGCUGCCACACUUUUCACCGGUGCUUUGCGCACGAGGAGGCCGGGUGCGUGCAUGCUGGCGCCAUCCGACGGGCUGAGUCCGGGAUCCGCAGGCUUCUUAAUUAAACUCAUGUGUCUGCCAUUG